AUGACCAUUUAUUCCGUGUUUGUAGAGAACGGAAAAUCGGUCUCAUCACCCACACCUACAACAAACAAUAACCGUUCCGUUCUACUGGAGCGUUUGGCGUAUGCCGCAAUGGAAGUCGCUUCCAUGUGGGCCACACAGUACGGUAUACGAUUGCAAGCCGCGGUUCCUCUACUUAGCGGUCUGCAGCGCUUGGUAUUUUAUAAAGCAAAACGUGACUUAUGGACUGAGGACAACGAAUCGGGUCCGGGUGAUAGUUCCACACUCCUAAGUCCACUGAAUUUAUCACAAAGCUAUCGUGAACGUUGGUCUGUUCUAUGUACACGGUGGAUUGUCGCCACUCUGGAAAGUGCUUUGAAUCCUACUGAAGGGAAGUACUUGGACCAAAUGCUUGUGCUUGGUCUAGCAUUGGCGGCCCCUAUAGACGAUGCAACAAACGUAGUACGCUCAGUGGUAGCGUCUAGUUCGGAGGCUCCAAAGAAGGUCAUGGCCAUUGCAAGCGUCAUGUAUGUGUUCGCUCUCGUUGACCCGGACCGUGGAUCGGAAUUCCUCAAUCUCAGCAACUCAAUGGCCAAACUAUGGGGCUGGAAGAUUUCUCUGAAACCGUAUGGUCUAAACUUAUCCCACUUGGUAGCUCGUGGUGGUGAUAAAGCUUCCUUCGCAGUGGUCCUCAAUAAAUUGUGUCGCAUAGUGCCUUCUCCUAAAAACUGUGGUGCAACACCUACAGGAAUUCUCCUUCCGAGCGACGCAAAUUACUCAGAUGACCUUUGUCCACUGAAAAUGAAUAGUAGUUCCAGUAACGUGCGCCUCUUGCCACCGAUUCGUACGAUUGUGAACUUCGCUUCUGAUUUUCAACUCCCGCUGAGACCAGCUCUGUUGAGUCAUUUGACCGCACUCUUUGUGUCAUUAUCGGAAAGUUCAUUGCCUCCGGUGACCGAGCAGACAGUUCCUUCAUUCGACUUCACGGAUCCAAUCACCUUUGGUGAUCCUACUUCACAUGUAUUUUGUUCCAAACCAAUGGAAUCCGAUCUGAAUAAUCCGGACUUUUGUGCUUAUAAUCAAAUUCUGCUAAGUCGAGCUAACUUCCUUUUGAAACGCAUAACAGCCCUUGAUGGGCACAAACCGUCCACGGAAGUACUCGCGUUAUUACAAGGUUUCUUCAACAAAACGUCUCCGUAUGAUUACGGCCGCCUACAAUUUAUAUUAGCAUGGAUUUCAUUUUGUUCGCCGGAAUCCUCGGAACCUCAGCGGAUAGAACUACUUAAACUGUUGCAGACCUACAAACGCGUAAGUCUACCGACCGAUCGCGAACGUCAGUUGGCCUCGUCGAAAUCUGAGGAAGAUGUGAGUUCAUCAUGCUCUUAA